AUGAUGGCCGGCGGAGCAGUUCAGCAGCAAAACGGGAUUUUCUCCAACCCGCUCCAUCACAGCCAGCAGCCGCACAUGGAGUCCGACCCGCCGGACUCACGCAAGCGACCCCUGGAGACCCCCACGGAGGCCAGCAGCACCAAGCGCACGAACACGGGAGAGGAAGGCGAGUACUUCCUGAAGGUUUUGAUUCCCAGCUAUGCGGCGGGUUCCAUCAUCGGGAAGGGGGGGCAGACCAUCGUCCAGCUGCAGAAAGAGACCGGAGCCACCAUCAAGCUGUCCAAAUCCAAAGACUUCUACCCGGGGACGACAGAGCGGGUGUGUCUGAUCCAGGGCACGGUGGAGGCGCUGAACGGCGUCCACGACUUCAUCGCUGAGAAGGUUCGGGAGAUGCCUCAGAGCACCCAGAAGACGGAGCCGGUCAGCAUCCUGCAGCCACAGACCACUGUCAACCCCGACCGCGUCAAACAGGUCGGUGUCCCGGCCGCUUGUUCUGCUCGUUCUGCUCCGGUUCUGCUCCAGGAAAAACCCCGGAGCGGCCGAGCCAAGCUGAUCGUCCCUAACAGCACCGCGGGGUUGAUCAUCGGUAAAGGCGGAGCCACAGUCAAGGCGGUGAUGGAGCAGUCUGGGGCGUGGGUUCAACUCUCCCAGAAGCCCGAGGGCAUCAACCUGCAGGAGCGCGUGGUCACCAUCAGCGGCGAGCCCGAGCAGAACCGCAAAGCCGUGGAGAUCAUCGUCCAGAAGAUCCAGGAGGAUCCGCAGAGCUCCUCCUGCCUCAACAUCUCCUACUCCAACAUCACAGGGCCGGUCGCCAACUCCAACCCCACCGGCUCUCCGUACGCCAACUCCACCGAGGUCAUGCCGUCUGCGGCGGCGCAAGCUGCAGCUACAGCCUCCUCCCUGCUCGGCCAGGCCGGCCUGGCAGGCGUGGGCGCGUUCCCGACGACCAUGUCCAGCCUCUCAGGCAACGACCUGCUGACCAUCACCUCCGCCCUCAACACGCUGGCCAGUUACGGCUACAACACCAACUCCCUGGGCCUGGGGCUGAACCCGGCCGCCGCCUCAGGGGUGUUAGCGGCUGUAGCAGCUAACGCUAAUCCAGCAGCCGCCGCCGCAGCUAAUUUGUUAGCGUCCUAUGCCAGUGAUGCAUCAGGGAACGUUCACCAAGCCAGUAUGGGAGGCUUCUCCCUGGGAUCCCUGGCGGCCGCCACAGGAGCCACCAACGGCUACUUGAGCGCAUCGCCACUGGUUGCAUCAUCACUACUGGCCGCGGAGAAGCUCGGAGAAGGAGCCAAGGAGGUGGUCGAGAUCGCCGUGCCCGAGAACCUGGUGGGAGCCAUCUUGGGGAAAGGAGGGAAGACGCUUGUGGAGUACCAGGAGCUGACCGGCGCCAGGAUCCAGAUCUCCAAGAAGGGCGAGUUCAUCCCCGGAACCCGGAACAGGAAGGUGACCAUCACGGGUUCUCAGCCCGCCACGCAGGCCGCUCAGUACCUGAUCAGCCAGCGAAUCACCUACGAGCAGGGGGUGCGCGCCACCAACCCACAGAAGGUGGGCUAA